AUGCUUUCAACGCCGGGGGCCCCUUCGGCCCCUGUUGCUGCUCCGGGCCCCUGGGGGGCCCCCGCGGGCCCCCUGGGUCGUGUCUACGGCCCCCGCAACGUCUUGUACGUGCGCAACCUCUCUCCUCUGGUUACAGAAGAACAUUUGAAGGCAAUUUUUUCGCACUGUUCGGAGCUGCUGCGCGUGGAGUUUAAGGCGCUGCCGGGGGCCGCCGGUCGAUACUGCGAGUUGGAGUUUGCAGACAGCGCUGGAGUCACUGCAGCUUCCCAGCUAAACGGCACGGAGCUGCUGGGCCUGCCCAUGCAGGUUUCUGUGCUGAACCCCGUGGGCCCAGCGGCUGCGGGGGCCCCGGGGCCCCCCGGGCCUGCAGAGAACCUCAUGCGGCUUGCGACGCCCUUGCCCGCGCCCCCUGUUGCUGCUGCUCCCGUCGUCAUUCCUCCUCCCGUGCAGCCGAUAGGGGGGAUAGCAGCAGCAGCAGCGGCUGCUGCUGCUGCUGCUGCAGGAGUGGCGGGGGCUCCCAACCCCUUGCUGGGGGCCCCUGCGGCCUUGGGGCUCGCAGCGGCAAAUCCUGCUCUCGCUGCUGCUGCUGCUGCUGCUGCACUCCCUGGAGCUGCUGCCUCGCUGCUGCCUGUCGCCAUGGGAGCGGCUGCUCCCGUAACUGCUGUUGAGAUCGCCAUGCAGAACCACCUCGCGAACCUCCAGGCAGUUCAGGCAGCUGCAGCGCAGGCGAAGCAGCUGGCAGCUCGCAAGAAAAGUGAAUUGGGAAUUGGAGUUGCAGUGACGGCGGUGGACGGCCGGCUUCCUCCCGCCCAGUCUCUCGUUUCGGGGGUGUUGGUUGCGGAGCCCGAAGCUGACCAGUUAGAGAGGACUUGCUUUCUGCAGGGCUUUCCUGAUGAAUACGACGAAAAUGAACUCAAAAUGCUGCUGGCUGACCUAGCUAAAGUCGUCUCCAUUAGGCUCUCAACGGACCGCAAGAAACCAAAGUUUGCGAUCGUUGAAUUUGAAAAUGCACAAGAGGCGACGGGGAUGCUGGCGCUAGAUGGGAAGAGCAUUGGGCCAUCUGUGCUCAAGGUAAAGAAAUCAUCUACUCUAGUUGAGUUCAGAGACCCUGACGGCGUUUUGUUCGAAGUGCCCGCCCCUCCGAUCCUCGCGCAGAUAAAGCAGCAGCAGCAGCUGCUGCAGUCGCCUGAGCAGCAGAAGGAGCAAAUAGAAAUACGAGACAAAAGAAUAGCGGCUGCAAAAGAACAAAUAGAACGGAGGUUGCGUCGGGAGCGGGGCGAGCUGGAGACGGAAAGGGCUCGAGAGCGGUCCGCUGAAAGACAGCGGCAAAAGCAAAGGACUAGCCGAAGCAGCAGCAGGCACACCUCCAGAGGCAAAGAAAGAGACAGAGGAGCGAGCGAAAGAAAAGCACGCCUCUCGCGCUCGCCGAGCGCGCCCAGUCGCUCUCUGUCUCCUGUUGGAGGCGCUUCGAGGAGUUCAUCAGCUGCUGGGGGCCGCAGGGGCUCUGGGGAUGGGGGGGCUGAGGAAGAAAGGAGGCCCCUGUUGAGGUCCAUUGGGGCUCAAGGAGCAGCAGCAGCACUUAAAGAGAAGCUGCGAAAUGCUGCAGAGGCAGAGGCGAAGGAGGGCGGGGAGAUGCAGAGGGCAGAUCGUUCAGCUUCGCCUCAAACGCGGUCUUCAGUGCAGCGGAAACGAUCCCGCAGCAUCCGAAGCCGAUCCCAAAGUCCUGAAAGACGAUCCCACAGCUCCAAGGGGCGCUCCAUGAGCCCUAAAAGACGGCCACAAAGCCCGAAAAGAAGAUCCGAGAGUCUCAAAAGACGUUCACAAUCUCGGAGAAGAUCUCCAGAAGACAGAAACAUUUCCCCUUCCCCCAGAGGCCGGUCGCCAGUCCCGAGGCGGCGGCUGUCUUCCGAGAGGCGCUCCUUUUCGCCGGGGCCGAGGCGAUCCCCAGUGCAGCAGAGGCGAUCCCCGAUGCAGCAGAGGCGAUCCCAGUCCCCACGGCGGCGAUCCCCGGCGCAGCAAAGGCGAUCCCAGUCGCUCCGGAGACGAUCCCCCGCGCAGCAAAGGACUUCGCAGUCUCCGCGGAGACGAUCCCCGCUGCCUCCAAAAGAUCGAUCCCCGUCUCCCAGGAGGCGAUCCUCGCUGCAAGACAGGCGAUCCCCGUCCCCACGGCGUCGCUCGCAGUCCCCGAGGAGGCGAUCCCCGGUGCAGGCGAGGCGAUCCCGAUCCCCCCGGCGCAGCUCCUUACCGAGACGAUCCCCAGUGUCUCCCAGAGACAGACGGGGCAGGUCUCGAAGCCGAUCCCUCCCCCGGGGGGGCCCCUCGGGAUCGGGAUCGGGAAUCGGGAAGGCGACGGGGGGCCCCCGAUCCCGGUCUGGGUCGCGCAGCAGCGGGGGGCCCCGUGAAAAGGACUACCCAGCUGCAGCAGCAAGAGCAGCUUCCGGCGGAGGCAGCAGAAGAGGCAGCAGCGCUUCUCCCCACAAAAGGCACAAUGAUGCUUCAGUGUCUCCGUCGCCCCGCAGGAGGGGACGAUCCCGAUCUUCGUGGAGUCAGGGGAGACGAUCCCCGUCGGAGAAGAGACAGUCUUAUUCUUCCUCUUCCAGAAGGAGGCCCCCGAUCUCCAAGAGGGGCCGCGGGGGCCCCCGAGGCAGCAGCAGCCUCUCCCACUCCCCUGUGUACAGACACAGCAACGUGUCCCCCUCGCCCCCCAGAAAGAGAAGGUCCAGGUCACCUGGGGGGCCCCCCAGGGGAAUGCCUCGCCUGUCCCCCGAGUGGGGGCCCCCUGGGGCCUCCCCGUCUUCAAGGGCCCACAGGGUACCCCCUUACUUGCGGGGCCCCUCCCCGCGAAGAGGCGGCCACUUGCCCCACCCUUACUCGGGCAGCAGGGACCGCUCUCUCUCCCCCUCAGAGAGAAUUGGGGGGCCCCCCAUGGGGAGCAUGUCCUCCUUUAAGAGGGGCCGGAGUCCUUCUCUUAGUUUGAGGAGGAGGUCGCCUUCGCCGAGAAGAGGGGAGCUCAGGUCUUGGAGGCGAUCCCCGGGAUCGUCUUCCCGAUCCCCCCCGAGACGAUUUCCCCGUCGCAUGUCCCCCGGAGGCAUGGGGCCCUACCCCAGGGGCCCCCCUGUUGCAAACAUUCCCUUUAGAGACAGGGAACCUGACUGGCGGGCCAGGGGUUUAAUGCCAAUGGGGGGCCCCCGUCCGUACCCUAGGGACCUGCGGCAAAUCCGCAAAGGCCUUCACCCGGUUCGGGACGAGGGCCCCCCAAGGAGGCUGCAGAAAAGCAGGGGGCCCCCAGCCCCAGCUGUGGAUCGCUACAAGAGCCAGAGCAGGUCACUAAGCGAGGAGUGCGCAGCUGACCGGGCAAGCUCUGUGGGCUCUCCGCAUCCUGCAGCGACAGCAGGGGCAGAGAAAGCAGCAGCAGAGGACGCGGAAGAAAGAAGCUCCACUGCAGGGGGCCCCCGUGCAGAGGGGGCCCCCUCGGCAUCACCGGAGAGGGGCCCGCCUUCCUCGCUGCCGCUGCAUUCUAGGUUGGGCGACUUGAGACGUAGGCUACAGAGUAAACGGGGGGAGCCUGCUACACAGCAAUCGUAA